UUCUACAUUAGAAUUGCGGAUCCAUCACAGAGAGAGAAUUUGGGUAUAAUAGUUCAGUAUAAAGUCAAGGUCAAACUCUGUAUUGGCGGACCAAUUUUAGGAGGAGAUCUUGUGGCUGAGCUCCCGUUUAUUCUUAUGCAUCCAAAGCCCGAAGAGGAUGAGCCAAGUGGAAUAUUCAGCAAUCGUUCACCAAGCAAACGCUCAUCAUCUGGCCAACGAGAGGAAGAUGCUACUGAAAAUGCAAGCAACCAGGCCACAACUGGAAACCUCAUCCAGUUAGACGGCGAUGAUGAUUACAAGGAUGAUGACAUAAUAUUCGAGGAUUUCGCUCGAUUACGACUCAAAGGUGAAACAGAGGCCUAAGACAUUCACAAACAUUCACUUUCAAAUACAUGUAUAUUUUUGUUAUACAUUCUUGAGAUUGUUUGAAAGUGAAGAAAAAAAAUGCUUAUCAAAAAUUAAUGCCGAAACACCGGAAAUUUCGAUCAUAUUUUGACUUUUAUCGGCAUAAUUGAAAAGCAAAAUCAAUUGGUCUCAAAGCUGAUGCAAAAAGAAACAAUCAUUUAAAAAAAUACAGAAAUUUGUAUUGCGUUUGUAUGUAAAUAUUUCAUUAACCGAAAUAGAAUCAGAGCAGAAAAUUCUUUGAACACACAAACUGAGAUCGAUCAUGUAUUCUCAUGUAUUUGAAUGUUAAUCUAACUCAAUGCCAUAAAUUUUAGCCAAGAAAAAAAAAUUGAAAUAAAACUAGAAAAGUAUGGACAAGUCA